UCACACACAGCAACAAGUCCAGAAGUGUAUAAUACCGACAAGACUCCAUAAAAUGAGAAAACCCUCCCUCCUGAAAUCGAAGGGCAGAAAACUCAGUGGAGGGAAAAUGAGACCGUUUGGUAUGGAAACCUCCCUGGCCGCCGAUAGCAGGGGUAUCGACGCCGUAGAAAAUGAUGUGUCUGCUUGGAAUCCUCUCGAUUGUCCGGCGGAGGUUCAGGGGCCUUCUGAACAGCAGCAUCCGGAAAAGAGCGACCGAGCCGCUGCUCCGACAGAGGACGGAGAGAGAGAUUCAAGUGGCAGAGCAGAUGAUAUGGGCGAGCAGAGGUUUGAAGAGGCCGCUGAUGGUGCGGUGAAUGUAGGACAAAUCCAAAGAAAUCAGCUUGGUGAAGGGUUUUACGACCUCGAGGCUAUAAGAAAGAAGCGAAUUCGUCAGGGUAAAGUCCAGUACUUGAUCAAAUGGCGAGGAUGGCCUGAAUCCACAAACACAUGGGAGCCUAUUGAGAAUCUGGCAGCAUGCCCAGAUGUCAUCGAUGCCUUUGAAAAGAGAUCACGGUACAAGAAACGAGGCCGUAAGCAAAAGUCCAACACUAGCAAUACUGAAUCAACCAAGAAGCAGCGCUCUUCCACUCCAGCUUCUACAAAUGAUAACACAAGCCAUUCUGCUCCUCCUGCUUCUAAGAAAAAUGCAACCACUCGUAUUGAAACCAGGCAAAGCAGGCAGCUUUCUGCUAAAACUGUUAAGGGUAAGGCUCAAGCUACCAGCUCAUUGGAUGAGUCUGGCUCGAGCAUGGGGAAUCAAUUGCACAAUACGCUUUCUAGCGGGAGAGUUUCUGAAAGAAGUGGGGAGGAGCUAAAUGAAGGUCUUGUAAUAACCAAUGGUUCCAGUCUAUCCUCAGAGCAGGCUCAAGUUCCUGGAGAUUUUGUGCCUAUUGAGGCUAAAAGAAGGAAGGGUCCUGUUUCACGGUUUCUGAAAGAUUUAUCGGCUGAUGCAAGUAAUGAUGUCCCUGAAAAGAUGGUAAGGGCUCCUGGUACUAGUAGUAGUAGUCCAGUUGCUAAAGAAGAUUAUGAAGACGGGUGUAGCAUUACUGAGAUUGUUGACAUUUUCAAAUUUGAUGAUUCUGCUUCCAAUUAUACCACUGAUGUUCUGGAAAUCUUUUUGGUUAAGAGGUCCGACGGGAAAGAGGUGAUGGCAAACAAGGGGUUUCUGAAGGAGAACUAUACUUCCCUGUUGAUUGACUUCUAUGAGAAACUUCUUCGGAAGUUCAUAAAGGCGCGAGCUUGAUGAGUUUAGUGGCUGUGAACGGCGGGGAGUGGGUAGGUUGUAGUAACUUUAGCUUGACAAUACAUGAGUUAUUACUUAUUAGUAGCCUUUGUCCAUGUAUACUAGUGUUGUUGUACUGCUUUGUAGCAGGAAGCUCUAGUGUAGUAGUAAUGUGAGAUGAGUUAUGGGUCAUUCUAUGAGUUAUAUGGGAUGACAGGGAUGCACAAUACAAUCCACAUUGUUGAUUGAGGCAGAAGCAGACCACAGGCAAUUUCUUUAUUGUGAAUUUUGUUUGUUCUAAUUUAGUAGUUAGUAAUAUGUUUAAACUUUUAUAUAUUUAGCCAAUUUUAAAAAGGAAUAUUUGUUAUAUACACAAUUACUCUUCACUAAAAUUUCGAUAUUUGACUUUUAAGUUUUCACU